AUGCAGAACGGAUUAUCUGAUCAAGAAUUAUCGGAGCAGUUAGUUCAGGUUUAUAAGAAUUUCCUUCUAAAUGAUGACGAAUAUUCUUCAAGAAUUAGACAAAUAGCUUUGGAAAAUACUGAAAGUAGUCGUUUAUUAGUGGAUUUAAAAGAUUUGAGAAGAAUAAAUGAGGACUUACCAAGAAAAGUUAUAUCUGAACCAUAUACAUAUGUCUCUCCUUUUGAAGAUGCAAUCAAAGAGCUAAUAGAUUUGGAUAGAGGGUUAAACAAAGAGGGGAAAUCGAUGAAUAAAGUUUCACUAUCUGUACGUGUUGGGUUUACAGGUUGGUUUGGACGUCAUCAUCUUACUCCUCGUGGUUUAACUGCAAAUAACGUAAACCGUAUGGUUUGUAUUGAAGGUAUAAUAUCACAAUGUUCUAUUGUAAGGCCAAAAUUAGUGAAAUCUGUGCAUAUUUCACAGAGUAGUAUGAUUGGUAAAUUAGAUAGUAAUGGGAAUCCUGUACAGACUUAUGUAGAGGUUCGGGAUCAUCGUGACUUAUCUUGUCUAUUCAAGGAUAGAUAUGUACAAAGUGGUAUUCCAAAGGAAGAUAGUUAUGGCAAUAAAAUGGAAGUAGAGAUUGGUCUAUGCAAAUACAAGGAUAACCAGAAAUUAACAUUACAAGAAUUACCAGAAAUGAUCCCAACUGGUCAAUUACCAAGAAGUGUAGAAGUUAUUGUAGAGGAUGAUUUAGUUGAAGUAGUAAAACCAGGAGAUAGGGUACGUAUUGUAGGUGUAUAUAAACCAUUAGGAAGAAAAGAUGGAAAUGCAAUAACAGGGAUAUUUAAAGUUGUCAUUAUUGCAAAUAGUAUACAAUUACUGAAUAUGAAUGUUGUAAACCCAGAUGUAUCUCCUCAGGAGAUAAAGGCAAUGAAGGAGAUAUCUGCUAGAUCAGAUACAUUUGAAAUUUUGUCGAACUCAUUUGCUCCUUCACUUUGUGGUCACGAGUAUAUAAAGAAAGGUCUUCUUUUGGGGAUUCUGGGAGGAGCUGAGCAUAAUUUAGAAAAUGGAACUCAUAUCCGAGGCGAUAUUCACACUCUAUUAAUUGGAGAACCAUCUUGUGGAAAGUCUCAACUUUUACGCUUUAUAAUGUCUAUUGCCCCAUUAGCAAUAAGUACUACUGGUAGAGGAUGUUCUGGUGUCGGUUUAACUGCAGCUGUUACUUAUGAUCCAGAUACCAAGGAGCGUAAGCUAGAGGCUGGAGCUACUGUUCUAGCAGAUCGUGGGAUUGUAUGUAUUGAUGAAUUUGAUAAGAUGAGUUUUGCGGAUAGAGUAGCAAUUCAUGAAGUUAUGGAACAGCAGAGAGUUACAAUAGCAAAAGCAGGUAUACAAGCAUCACUAAAUGCUCGUUGUUCUAUCUUCGCAGCUGCAAAUCCUGUUUAUGGUCAUUUUGAUGAUCGUAUGGAACUAAGUCGUCAGAUUGCUUUUCCAGAUUCUCUAUUAUCACGCUUUGAUCUUAUUUUUAUUGUUCGUGAUGUUAAAACAUCUCAACAAGAUCGAAGAAUAGCAUCACAAGUCUUGGCUCAGAUUCGUUAUAAGAAUUGUAACUCCAGUAAUUUUUCUGGGCCUAAUAGGAGUAUGAGUACUGUUAUAAUUCAACCUGAUCUUCAAGAUGAUGAUAAUACUGAUGAUGAGAUUAAUAAAAUUUGGCAGACCUCAGUUUUUCAAAUGUUUGAAUCAAAUAGUGAUAUGAAUAAUGCAAGUACAUCCACAAAGCAUCAAGGUAGAAGUAUUGAUAAUACUACUACACAGAGAAUCUUGACAACUAGUUUUUUAAGGAAGUAUAUUCACUAUUGUAAGUACGUUAGAAGCACUCCAAAAUUAUCAGAUGAGGCUAUUGAGCUGGUUGCAAAAUUCUUUUCUGAUUUAAGAUCAAGAUGUCUAAAUCAAAGCAACGGCAGUACUACAUGUACAACUAGAACUUUAGAAGGAAUAAUACGUUUGGCUACAGCUCAUAGUAAGCUUAAAAUGCAGGAUUUUGUAUUGAAGGAGGAUGUACAAGUAGCUUGUGAGCUCUUGAAUUAUGCAUUAUUUGGUGAAUAUCCUGAUACUAAGUGUCUCGAACAGAAUGAAGAGGCUGAAGAAAAUGGCGAUGAUGAAGAUACUUUUGACAGGGACAAUCGUAGAAAUGAAAAGAAAUCUAGGCGAAAAAGUGAUAUUACAUUUUUAGCUGAUGAUAAUGGAAGUGUUCCUGCAGCACCUCCAUCUUCUUCUGCUACAACUCCUGGGAGAAUAGCCUUGGACCCAAUUGAAUCUGCAGCACGUGGUAGAGAAACUGCAUUGGCAGUAGCUGAUUUGCUACGCAAGGACAUUGAUGUAGAUAUAAUAAGGUCAAGUAAUAUAUCUGGUGAGAGGAAACAGCUUUUGAUUUCGUGUAUUGCUGAGCAAUUUGCAGAUACUGGCCUGGAAGCAAUGCUGUUGGAAGACUUACUUGGACAGAUUAAUAAUAAAAUUAAGAAUUCUAGUCAUUCUAAUCAGAUAGAACUAUCUACAAUAGAAGAGUUAAAGGAAGUCAUUUAUCUUCUGGAAAGUGAAAAUAAGCUUAUGACUGUUGAUGAUAUUAUAUAUUCAGUUGUUAGCUAA